GAACAAUGGAUCUUCAAUCUACCUAACAACCACUUUUAAGGUCAUGGGCAGACAUCACGACAUGGUACUCUAUCGAGAUGUACGUGAUUAUCAUAUGUGCCACCCUUCCUACCCUACGUCAGUCAUACAUUGUGGUUUUGCAUCGGACUCGCCAGACGGCCUCGUAUUACACACACUCUCUCUCUAUCCAGAAGCCGAGGCCCAUUUCCUUUCCACGUCGCAUGCCGGACGCGUCGCUGUUCGAGACGGGAGUGGACGGGACAGGUUUGGCGAAUGUAGCCUCCCCGGGAAAUACGGGUCAGAACGAUACUGCCAUCACCAAAACCACGGAAAUUGAAGUCCUCGAAGAGAGUAACAUCGGGAAGGACCCGGAAAAUCCACAUUUUCCACGCGAGGAUCCUUUUAGAUUUGGAUCGUACAAGCUAUGACAGGAUCCAACUUUUAGUAUGAACCUGGGUUGGUUUCGACUAGGUUCCUGAACUGGGUCGGUGAUGUUGGCUGCUAGGGAACGAGCCUUGUUUCAAUCCAGCAGUGCUAGUAUGACCAAGCCAUGAAACCAAGAUUUAGAGAGAUCACCUA